AUGGCUAAAAGCCGUAAAGCCAGCAGGCCACCUAAACCCAAAGACGAAGGUCGCGUCGACCACGGAGCUCAAAACAGAGUGGUCCACGAAGCAAAGCACGACACUGAGUCCGUCUCAAAUACUCCUGCCGUUCUCCUAACAGAUGUUGACGAUGAUUACAUGGACCUCGGCGCUGACGAUGGACUGAGAGAGGUGGAGGACAAAACAAGGCACCAACCAAAGCAUGAAGCACAAGCUGGGGCGAUCCCUGAGAUACGAGUCGAAGCUGGACAGCAAUCAGACCCUGGGGUCAACCCGACCAACCCAGACGAGGACUCAGAUAUUGAAGAGCUUCCCUGGAAGGCACCCCAAGCCCGACCUAUCCUCAGAUUCCCACAGUGGCCCGAAGGUGCUACAGACGAGGAGCUAAAGCAGUACAACGAGAGGAAGAAGAAGGAGGCAAGCGAGAAAGCGAAACGCAAAUCAAACAAGCACAAGCAAGGCCGUGCACACCGCACGUUCAACGUUUCAGAGGAACGCGCGGCUGUCAACACAGAGAUCAGCGUCCUGUUGAUCCAGACCCAAGGCGACAUGAUUGAGAUCGAUCACCCAGGGUGCAUUCAGGAGAGUCUCAUCACAGCGGGUCUCUCACAACUGGGCGCUGGACCAUCCACACCUCAAUUCUGGGGAAAUCACCCGGUCAAGCUCGCUCUGCUCAAGCCCCUUGCGAACAGUGAGACUCUCGCUGACUGCACCAAUCACAAAACCGACUUCUGCGCGGAUCAUAGCGAGCCCGGCCAGAUGUGUCUGGAUAUUUAUUGCUUGGGCAGAGCCUGGAGACAGGAGCUGCUGAAGGCCCCACCCAUGUCAUUUCUGAUCUUCGACCUCACGAUCCCGUUCAUCAAGUACCAGGGGAAGGGCAAGGCGAGGGCCAAGGACACUGACGAGACCGAACCGCAGCUGGCCUGGGGAGACUGCGAGAGGCCUUGUCUCGUUGUCUCGAUGCGCGAGGUGAUUCACAUUGCGACUACCAUCGCCACUACGAUGAAGAUCCGCGGCAAGAAUUCCACGCGUUUCGCUGUGAUGUACGACCCGGCACAGCUUAUUCGUCUGGACGAGAUGAUUGAGUUGAAGAAGAAGCUGCGUGCACUGAGUCGUUGA